UCCUACCUGCUAUUUUAAGAAGGGAAGCUAAGAAGAAGAAGCAAAGGAAUAGUGGUGAUGGGUAGAGUUAGAAAUUGGUGGAGCCAUUCAAAAACUGUUGCUUUAAUCUGGUUUUCCUCUCUUGCUUUGUUUUACUUUCUCUUCCAAAUGGCUCUCCACAAUUCAACUUCUCCUCCUCGUUUAGAUUCUUUCGUGUCAUAUAGAAUUAGAAGAUCAACAUUGUAUGAUAAAAUGGAAAGGAGUUUGGAGGAACAUGGAGCAGCUUUUCUAAAACAUGGUGAAACUUCGCAGUCACUGACACUUUCAGAUCUCUUUACUUUGAAAGAUGGAUAUGUUACACCUGUGCUUAAGGCUGCAGAUCCUCCUGUACGAGCCAACAUUCUGUAUAUGAGCACAAAAUACGCAGAGCCCAUCUCAGAGGCUGUAAAACAAGUGUUUGAUCCAUACUUUGACAAAGCUAUCUGGUUUCAGAACUCUAGUUUGUACCAUUUCAGUAUGUUCCACGCCUCGCAUCAUAUUGAACCUGUUCCUGCCUCUGAAGUUGAGAUUGAAGCCGAAGUAGCUGUUGUUAAAGCCGUUGUGGAGGGGCUAUGCCCUUUAGAAAUUGUCUUAGACAGGGUAGUUUUAACUUCGACUGGUGUGCUCCUUGGUUGCUGGCAGGUAAUUUCUGGAACAGAUCCUGCAGAAAUUCGUGCUAAAUUGAGAACGGCACUUCCAAAAGCUCCAGAGAAGCAACUUUAUGAUGCUGCUAUUCUUCACACAUCUUUUGCCAGGCUUCUGAGUCACCCUAAAGCUUCACUCAUGGACACCGAUAAUACUUCAAACCUGAUUGAACUGUUGCGUAAGCUGGUCUCUCAACUCAACAAUAAAAUCCGCGGAUUUAAGGCGACGGUGUCGGAACUGUGGUAUGUAGAGGAAUAUGAUGUGUUGGCCCUUGCCUUAAACGGAAAUAUGAAGGUGCGUAGGUUCCACAUGGGUUGCACAAGAGGCUGAACUUCCAAAUUCAGAUGCUAUUUUGAGCAUAUUUCAACUCCCCUUAAUUAUAACCCCACUUCUCCUGGAGGCUUUAGCUGAUAGCAGGCUUCAUUGUACAGUUCAUGGCUUUAUUCAAUAUUUUUAACUUGCAUAUCUUCUUAAUACUCAAUCUGGGAUGUUAUCAGUGA